UGUUUUUUAAACACCAUGACUCGUUUAUCGAUCUCUCUCUCGACUUGCAUGAACCACAAGAUUGGAAUCCUGGAGUACUGAGGACUAUUGAAUAUGCGUCGCAAGUCACUGCCCUUGCGUACGAGCCGAUUGCUGGUCUUUUGGCAGUUGCUACUCCUGGAAGCAUCGAGCUGCUGGGAAAGCCAGGCGUUACGUGCAAAAUCACACUUCCUGACCUUAACGUAGUGAAAACACUUCACAUCUCACCUUCUACUUUCAAGUUGUUAUGCCUUGAUGAUCACGACAAGCUCUAUAUCUAUGAUCUUUCGACUUACGGCCAACCAAAACUUCUGGCGACUACACGGUUCGACCAGCCGAAGUGAGGGAAGGCUCUUUUGUCCUUCAUCGUUUGUUCCCUUAUCGUUUCGCAGCUCAAUUACCAUCUCACCGUCUCAUUCGCAUGCUUUCGUUGCCCUUCAAGCUGGUGAAGUCCUAACCUAUGACUUGGAAUGCCUUCGCAAAUCAUCUUAUCGUAUCCCGAACAUGUGGACACUGUACGAAGAGAAAAUGGCUGCAAGCGGAAUGCCAGAGAUUGCUACGCCAACUUCUGGAAUUGCGAUAGAUACUUUGACACAUCCUCGAGACUUGAACCUCUUGUUUGUCAUCUACCGGGGGGGUGUUGUACUGUCUGAUCUAAGCAAUCGCAAUACUCUUCGAACGUAUGAGCUUGUAUAUCCUCCUGGAGCUCCAGGAGGGUGGGGGUAUGGAAGUAAUGAUAUCCUCACCCAUCGUCGCCCUGAAGCGACCUGCAUGGCAGUACAUCCAGCUGGUCAUUUCUUCGCCGUUGGAUAUGCGGAUGGGUCCAUAGCAUUUUGGGCGAUUGAGGAUGAAGACCAGCCUCUGCUCGUGCGGACUCUCAACGAUCUCGACGUGCAAAAUGUCAAUGCAGAGCAACUGGAAGCACAUCUUGCCCAUAAAGGUGAAAAAACUGCGGCUUUCAGCGGAGAGCCUAUCUUCAAACUAUCGUGGUGCUCUUUUCCAAAUUCAUCUGAUCCUAGGGGUGGUGAAACCGCUCUUGUCAUUUUAGGUGGUCUAAGUCUGGAAGAUCCUCCAGGUAUCACUGUCCAUUGGCUACCUGCGUUCAAUCCCACAGACCCUCCUGUGUCUCAAUCAACUACUCCUGCUUUACAUCCAUACAUAAGAUCGAGCAUGCGAACAUCAGUUGAACCUAUGAAUACUUAUUUCUAUGAAAUCCACGGGACGGUGCACGAUUAUAUCCUUAUACCGCGCGAGAGUCCUCACUUUACUGGAUCUUUUGAUGUAGUUUCAAUCCUAGUAGUCAAAGAGUCUGUAGCCGGGACGCGAGUAGUCGAAGCCUACGAAUUCCCUCCACCCGCGUUUGCUGAACAUGCCCACGAUGAUCCACACCCGGUUGAGGAAGGAAGAGAUACCCUUGAUGAUUUGGCCAACACUUUGCAAGACUUACAGAUAAACAAUGACCCUCGUCGCCUCCAGCUCCCUGGAUAUCUCAGUAACGGAACCAGCGGGCUUUUGGGAGGUGUGAUUCGAACGUUGACUAAAGACGCAUAUUCAUUUCUGGUCCAAACCGACGCUCCCGCGCAUGCCUUGAGCCUCAAAGCUGGUUACGCGUGGUCAGAUCCUGUUGAUCAUAUUUCCAAGUAUCAACCUCCUCGUAUAACUAUUACAUGGCAUGCUGAUCUUUCAGUUCAAAUCUGGGAUGUAAGCGCUCAGUUGGUUCAAAAGUUCAAACCGGACCCCAUCGAUUGCGAGUUUCCAAAUUCAUUGCCAAAUCUCACUAUCGAUACCAAUGUUGUCCUCAUGGCUCCUUUUGUGGCUUCCAAGCUACCUGUGCAAGAUCAUACUAUUCAAUAUGUCAGGAUGGCGGCGGAGUCUUUCGAAUGCGCAGUGGUCCUAUCUUCGGGAAUGGUUAUUUUAUAUCAAUUUACAUCACCCCCAGACCCUCUUCCUCCCUUCGAAGAGCUUCUUGAUCCAGAGCUGUUAUCUCUGCGACAUGUCUUUCCCAGUCCUGAUUCAACUUCAAGAUUCUCUCCAUUCUUCGCUCUUUCACCAAAUCGGGGACAGGUAUCAGCAUGUGCUCUUGCAGACGUCGGUUUUCUUGCUGUUGCUUAUGCCGAUGGGUGUUUGUUUGUGAUUGACAUGAGGGGUCCGACAGUUAUUCUACGCCAUGGCGUGAAAGCUAAGAGCAGGCAUUCAAUUGGCCUACAUGUGGGCACGGACACAGAUCCGAUAACUUCUCUUGAGUGGACCAUAAGUCCCACAGACAAAGAGGAUCGCCUCGCGCUUCGGCUCAUUGCUGGCCAUGAUUCGGGUGCCUCUCAAGUUUUCACGUUUGGUCGAUCGUUAGAUUCCUCUUGGAAGCCCACUGAAGAAGUGGUGAAGUUCGACGGUUCUGUUCACCCUAUAGGCAUGUUCGUCAUCAAUAGCAAAAAUGGAAGUCGGUGUACCGCCGAUAGGUCAAGGCUAGCAACGUCUCUGGAUACCUCCUUGAUAUCACCUAGCGCUCCGGUUCUACUUGUCAUGGCCGGAACGAAGGGUGUUCGCUGUAAUGUCAACAUCACCGGCGAGCGCAUUAGUAAAGUCGAAUGGAAUCAUAAAAUGGGCAAAGUUCUCACUGUUCAAAUUGUUCAGAAACUGAGCUCCUACGCUCUGGUGGCACUUACAGAGAAUCAUGAAGCAUGGGCUUAUUCUCUACCAAACCUAGAGUGUUUGCACAACAUGGCUCUUCCACCGAUAACCUACUUGCCUAUAUCUGUCGAUGAAACUGGCGAUUUCUUCGCGUGGACUCGAAAUCCAGAAAACGGACUGAUACGCCAAGCGACUUACGGGACGUUGUUCAAUUUCCGUCGCGUCGAGACAACACCCGCAAUUGACCUACUCAGUACCAAACCCGUGGUUCCUGCGCAGCCGCAACCCGUAUCUCUAGGGCCUACAUCCAUCUUGGGUUCAUGGUUCAACUUCGGACAAUCAAUGACUGGCGCUCAAAUCGAUGCUCUGCUGGGUGGGCCCGACAGACCUGUGCCUAUACAGCAACCAAGAUCCCAGGCAUUGGCCAAUGAUGCAGCAAGAGAUCAUUCACAAAUUGCGAAGCAAGCCGCUGCGACGCAAAACUCGUUGUAUGAUAGAUUAACUUCUGCCCUCAAUGAAAGAGGGCAAAUGCUGGGUGAUCUGGAAGAUCGUUUCAAUUCUUUGGAGUCUGGAAGUCGUAGCAUGGUUGAUCAGGCCAAGAAACUAGCAGCUGAACAAUCUGCGAAAAAAUCAUGCAUGCAACGAUGAGGUUAAAUAAUCUGGAGCGUCUUACAGCAGGUUUAGAUGUACAAAAUGAAUCUGGAAGGUUCAGAGUCGCUCAUAGGAUAGGAAGUCGAUGCAGAAUCACCUUUACCAACAACUCGUGGCUGGCAGAACUCUGGUAAAUGCGUAAUCGCGCGUCGUGAACUUGAUUGUGUUG